AUGGCACCAUCGAGACAGCAGAGGGUUGCAAGUAAGACCGGUCACAGUCAGAUCGCUCGAAAAUGCGCCAACAGUGCACAAAAACGUCCCGACUCCCUGGAUUUUCCGGUAGAACUGCAACAAGCGAUCUUGGAUGUUUUCCGUCGCGCAUUUUCAUUUGACGACCAACUUGACGUAAAGACCGUCAUCCAACAAGUCAAAGGCCACCUCUUCCUGCGGGACUUUGCCAGUGCUUUUGCCAAGCAGGAAUAUCUCGACGCCUACGCGUUGAGGUGGAGUGCCAGCCGUGCUCUCGGGUAUACAGAUAUCUUCUUACACGGCGACCUGCAUCAAGCAUGGCUCGGCAAAACCACGUCCAGUUCAAGUGCACGACGAGAGCCACAUUCCACGAGCGCUUCCAGGAUCGCUUGUAUUGGAGGCGGCGGUGGAGCGGAGGUGGCUGCAUGUUCGGCUGCCGCCAAAGCCUACGCCUUGUCCCGGCUGGAAGUUCAUGCCAUAGAUAUUGCAGAUUGGUCAACUUGUCUGACAAAGCUAGAGAACGCCUUGUGUACACCACCGCAAAUAUCUUCGUUUGCAAGUGAGAGCGCGAAGGCGGCGAGUAAACCGUUGAUUGCGAGUGAUCAACUCAGCCUUCACUUUUCCCAACGCGAUAUAUUUACGGCCGACGAAGGAGAGUUCGGUGACAUGCUUGGUGACGUUGAUUUAUGCACGAUCAUGUUCACGUUGAACGAACUUUUCACACACUCCAUAUCUCGGACGACUGCCUUCUUGCUGGCGCUUACCGAUACCAUGCAACCGGAUUCAUGGCUCUUGGUUGUGGAUAGCCCAGGUAGUUAUUCCGAAGUCAAGUUGGGUCAAGGAGAUGAGGCAAAGACGAAGCAAUAUCCAAUGAAAUGGCUACUCGAUCAUACGCUGUUAGAGGUAGCUGGGAGCGAGAACAGUAAGUGGAAGAAGCACGUUUCUGAUGAUUCAAGGUGGUUCAGAUUGAACGCAUCGUUGAAAUACCCCAUUGGAUUGGAGAACAUGAGGUAUCAAAUCCAUCUGUAUCAGAGGAUAGGGUCGGAGGCGUCAUGA